CACCGUCCUCGGCCCAGGCCAAGCCAAGCUUCUCUCUGCACCUGAUCUCAACCCUCUCUCGCCAUGAGCGUUCGCCUGCAGAGUUCCUCCGCCAGCUAUGGAGGUGGUUUCGGGGGUGGCUCCUGCCAGCUGGGGGGAGGCCGCAGCGUCUCUUCAUGUUCAAGCCGGUUUGUCUCUGGUGGCUCAGCUGGGGGAUACGGGGGUGGCGUGAGCUGUGGCUUUGGUGGAGGGGCUGGUAGCGGCUUUGGUGGAGGCUUUGGAGCUGGCAUUGGUGGGGGUUUCGGUGGUAGCUUCGGUGGGGGUUUCGGUGGUGGCUUCGGUGGGGGUUUCGGUGGUGGCGAUGGCGGUCUCCUCUCCGGCAAUGAGAAGAUCACCAUGCAGAACCUCAACGAGCGCCUGGCCUCCUACCUGGACAAGGUGCGCGCCCUGGAGGAGGCCAACACCGAGCUGGAGGUGAAGAUCCGAGACUGGUACCAGAAGCAGGCCCCGAGCAGCCCCGAGCGCGACUACAGCCACUACUACAAGACCAUCGAAGAGCUCCGGGACAAGAUCCUGGCCGCCACCAUUGACAACAACCGGGUCAUCCUGGAGAUCGACAACGCCAGGUUGGCUGCGGAUGACUUCAGGCUCAAGUAUGAGAACGAGCUGACCCUGCGCCAGAGCGUGGAGGCCGACAUCAACGGCCUGCGCCGGGUGCUGGACGAGCUGACCCUGUCCAAGACCGACCUGGAGAUGCAGAUCGAGAGUCUGAAUGAGGAGCUGGCCUACAUGAAGAAGAACCACGAGGAGGAGAUGAAGGAGUUCAGCAACCAGGUGGUCGGCCAGGUCAACGUGGAGAUGGACGCCACCCCAGGCAUCGACCUGACCCGCGUGCUGGCGGAGAUGAGGGAGCAGUACGAGGCCAUGGCGGAGAGGAACCGCCGGGACGCGGAGGAGUGGUUCCAGAGCAAGAGCGCAGAGCUGAACAAGGAGGUCACUUCCAGCACCGCCAUGAUCCAGACCAGCAAGACAGAGAUCACGGAGCUCAGGCGCACGCUGCAGGGCCUGGAGAUCGAGCUGCAGUCCCAGCUGAGCACGAAAGCCGGGCUGGAGAACUCGGUGGCGGAGACGGAGUGCCGCUACGCCCUGCAGCUGCAGCAGAUCCAGGGGCUCAUCAGCAGCAUCGAGGCCCAGCUGAGCGAGCUGCGCUGCGAGAUGGAGCAGCAGAACCAGGAGUACAAGGUGCUGCUGGACAUCAAGACGCGGCUGGAGCAGGAGAUCGCCACCUACCGCAGCCUGCUCGAGGGCCAGGACGCCAAGAUAGCCGGUUUCACCUCUGCAGGAGGAAGCGUCAGCGUUGCUGCUAACGGCUCAGCUCGCCGCACCUCCGACGGCCGACGUUAGUAGGUCUUAAAUCUGCCUGGCACCCCCUCCCUCUGUCUGCAGCACCCAGAGGAGAGAGCUGAUGUUCCCUGCAGAAGAGAGGGGCUGAAGGAUGGGGGGCUCAGGCCCUCUGCUCCUAGGGCCGUCCUGAUGCUCCCCCUGGGUGGACCCUCCCUGCCCCUCUCUUCCCUCCCCCACCUGGUUACUCUUUGGUUUCUCAACUUCUCUACUAAAAAGAAAAGAUAACUCAAUAAAGUUUCCUGCCU